GAAUGCAGAAUUUAUGGAGUAUAGGGGAUGCGGGCGCCUGACUCUUCUUCCCCAGUGCUUGGAAGGACCCACUCUGGCCACGUCACUCACGCCCACCCCCUUCAGGAAGACCAGAACCCCUUGCCCUGCGUCCCUGAGUUCUUACGACCUGUUCUGUUUUGUGAUCAUUUCUGCUCUGCUCUCUCGCAGGCAGUGGAUCCAUGAUACUUUGUUUUCCUGCUUCCCUUUCUUCAUCCAGGUGACCAGUUUCUGCUAGCUUUGCUCGCCCCGUUACUUAAACAGAUUACUGCCCUGCCUACAGAAACCGCUGAACAACCUUUCUUUCAGAGCCCUUUGUAGUUUCCUAAGAGGAGGCUCCAACCUGUACCUCGGAUGUUUUCCCUGUCCCCAGCGCUGUAUGCAGAGAAACGUGAAGCUCAUUUACACACAAUACAGACCCGUGAUCCAGCCCGCGCACAUCUCCCUUCAAAGUUCUGGACUGCUUUUCCUUUGACAGCUCUUGGGUGCUCAUUUUCACCGCCAUUUCACUUGCAGAAAUGCUAAAGCAGUAUAUAUUACAAAGCACUCAAAGGCAAGCGAGAAUUCCAAAGCUCAGAGCAGAUCCAGAGAUCUUGGUACAGAGACGCCCUUUAGGAGAAACAGAAGCUACACUGUCAAGUCCUAGAAGAGUUCUGCCUUUUUCUCCUCCAUCCUCAAGAGACUUGGAAAUUAAUGGGUAAUAUUUUGCAUGAAAUUACUAGACGCUUUUCUUCUUAUCUCUGAGGCCUUCUGUGGAGAAUUACUAGCAGGGUUGAAUGCGUGCAUGGAUAAAAUGGAUCAUCUUAAAGGAUUGAAGUUCCAAAAAUACAUCAGCAGGACUGGACAGGUUUGCCAUAAUGAGAUUUCUAUUUUAGCUUGACUUCUGGAACUCCGAAUAAACUAUAAACUGAGCUACACAAGGUCCCAGGGAGGAAGUUUCUCUUCUAAAAUAUUCUAGCGGCAGAUACCAUUUUUCUUAUUCAAAUCUUUUGAAGAAUAUUUACUCACCCAUUUCCUGAGGGAUAAGACUGUUAGACACUUACCAACUUUGAAUAUAUGAAGUGGGAUAGAACGUGGCAAUCCGUAUCAUACUAAAAAAAAUAAAUUGUAUUAAAGAAAAGACCCAGAAGGAGAAGAAAUCUCAACAUAAGCACAUGAGAUGGCAGAAGCUCCUGUGGAUACCUCAACCCUGCCCAUAACUGUGAAGAAAAAGAAAAGUCUAUCCAUUGAAGAAAAGAUUGACAUCAUAAACGCAGUAGAAAGUGGCAAGAAAAAAGCAGAAAUCGCAGCUGAAUAUGGAAUAAAGAAAAAUUCCCUGUCUUCUAUUAUGAAGAAUAAAGACAAAGUUCUAGAAGCCUUUGAAUCUCUGAGAUUUGAUCCAAAGAGAAAACGACUGAGGACUGCCUUUUACACGGAUCUGGAGGAGGCCCUAAUGAGGUGGUAUCGAAUUGCUCAGUGUCUGAACGUGCCCGUUAAUGGUCCAAUGCUGCGUCUAAAAGCGAAUGAUUUUGCCCAGAAACUGGGACAUAAUGAUUUCAAGUGCAGUAAUGGUUGGCUGGAUCGCUUUAAAUCCAGGUAUGGCUUAGUAUUCAGAGCUCAACCUGUAGAAGCCACAGGUGUUUCAGUAGACCCUUCAACUGUCUGGCAGCAAAACAUACUUCCUUACUAUUUAAAUGAUUAUCAUCCCAAGAAUGUUUUUAAUGUCAAAGAGACUGGGCUGCUUUAUCGAAUGCUACCGACAAAUACGUUUGCAUUUAAAGGAGAAACGUGCUCAGUUGGAAAGUUAUGCAAAGACAGAAUAACUCUGGUGGUGGGGGCAAACAUGGACGGCUCAGAGAAACUUCCUUUGCUCGUCAUUGGAAAAAACAGGAACCCACAUUGUUUCAAAGGCAUAAAAUCACUGCCUGUGUGUUAUGAAGCUAACAAAAUGGCAUGCAUGACCUCGGAUGUAUUUGAACAAUGGAUGCAGAAGCUGGAUGAGAAAUUUCAAGCCCAGCAAAGAAGAGUGGUGAUUUUUGUUGAAUCUUUUCCUGCACAUCCAGAGGUAAAAAACCUCAAGUCCAUUGAGUUAGCGUUCUUUCCAUCAUGUUUAUCUCCCAAAUUUGUAGCUAUGAAACAAGGUGUUAUUAAAAACCUUAAAAUCAAAUAUCGGCAUUGUCUUAUUAAGAAAUUUUUAAGCUCCGUUGAAGGCAGCAAAGAAUUUACAUUUUCCCUGUUCGAUGCCAUUGAUACAUUACAUGUCUGUUGGAGGGCUGUGACCCAAGAGACUAUUGUUAAGAGCUAUGAGGAGGCAGGAUUUAAAUCUCAAAAGGAAGAAAGUGACGAGACAAAUGUUGAGACAGACACUGGUCUGGAUUUGGUUGCUCAUGCCCAGGCAGCAGGAGUGGAAUUUCCCGAAGGCUUGUCUAUAGAAGAGUACGCUGCCCUGGACGACGAUUUAGAGACGUGUGAAGCAGGACCAAGUGGUGAUGCUGUAUGGACCAAGGAAAGUGAAUCAGAUGAAACUGGAUUUUAUGCUUCUGAUGAAGAGGAUGACGGUGAUUCUCUGGGAACUGAACUCCCUUUGCCGUCAAAAAAUGAGGCAAGAACCGCUUUAGAUACUCUGAAACGUUUUCUUAGACGUCAAGAUAUAAAUGAUGGGCUUCAUAAUUCUUUAGCAGACCUUGAAAUUUUUAUCAACUCUUUAGUAUCUAAGUAAUCAUUUACUGAACAACAUCUGAAGAUAAUAGUUUUUUCUAAUGUAUUUUACUAAAAAGGUAUGUAAAGGGGAAAUACCACCUAAACAUAAAAAACGAAAAAACUAAUCAUCUUUGGUUUAAUUGCAGAUGUUUUUAGUCUGAAGAGCAAAGUUCCCUAGGUAGAUUAAAUAAUGAGUAAGUAAGUGAAAAAUAUGAAUUUCAAUUUAGCAAGGCUUUGGGGAGUAGAAAAUGAAAUAGAGUCCUUGUACUUGAAACAUGGCAUAAAUGUCAAAAAUAAAAAGUACUCUCCAGCCAUUUGAUUCAUACAGGUUGAAUUGGUGAUUGCUAUUUUCUGUUUUUUAAGUUAAGAUCAUGUUCUAAGAUAGUUUAUCUACCUCAUCUAAGAAACAAAAUAUCUAUUGCUUAGACAUUUAUUUUUAUAAACAUACUCAAACUAGACUCUUAAGUAUCAAGUGUUAAUUUUAAAUUAUUUUUCUUAUAACUAAUCAUCAUAAUAAAAACUAUGAAAAACUGCUGAAAAUAAAAUCUUAUCCAGUUAUAUACCAGGAUUGAAAAUGUAUAUCUAACUUUCCAGUUAUUUCUGUAAAAGGUCGAAUGAAAGACUAGGACCUUAUCAGAUUUUUAAAAUCAUUUCUAACCAGAAGAUGAUGUAGACUCUUCCUAAAUAUUUGUAUUUAUAUGUGUGUGUUUAAAAAGUAUAUUAUUGCAACAGGUAUUAAACUCAUGAUAUUUUUAUUUUAAUAAGAUUAAUCUUAAAAAGUAAAUAUGGGAGAUCCUAUUGUAGCUCAGUGGAAACAAACUCAACUAGUAUCCACGAAGAUUCAGCUUCGGUCCCUUGCUUCACUCAGUGGGUUAAGGAUCUGGCAUUGCCAUGAGUUGUGGUGUAGGUCGCAGAUGAGGCUGGGAUCUGAGUUGCUGUGGCUGUGGCAGAGGCCAGGGGCCACAGUUCUGGUUCAACCCCUAGUCUGGGAACUUCUAUGCCACAGGUGUGGCCAUA